UUUAUACCGGGCCGUAUGAUGGUGCCAUUUCCCCGCAACCAUUUGCUCAUGAUGACCGCCUCAGGGGCAAAGGGAAGUAACGCUAAUGCGACGCAGAUGGCACUGGGACUCGGUCAGCAGCUUUUUGAUGGACGACGCGUGAAACGAAUGAAUUCGGGAAAGACGCUGCCUGCCUUUUUUGCUCAUGAACGCCGUGCCCGUUCUUUUGGCUACGCGAUUGGACGCUUCACAUCCGGUAUCCGGCCACCAGAGUACACGAUCCAUGCCAUGGCCGGUCGCGAUGGUCUCAUCGACACAGCUGUCAAAACUUCCCGCUCUGGCCAUUUGCAGCGUUGCCUUAUUAAAGGCCUUGAGAGUCUUGUGGUGCAUUGGGACCACUCUGUUCGUGACUCAAACGGCAGCAUCGUGCAGUUUACAUACGGUGGCGAUGGUCUUGACCCGUGCAAGGCCUCAACCCUUACGUCGUGGGAAACGUCGAAGGAAAACCUCGUGGAUUUCGGAAAACGAUUUGGAGUGGACACGGGUGAGGCGACCAGCGAGACGCGACGGCCAGAAAACUGGGAACAAGGAGUGAGGAACAGCAGCGUGAAGCGCGGUAAACGGCCACGCACAAGCAUGAAUAACGAUAAGAAGAAUAAUACUAAUAAAAAUAAUGACAACGACGACGAAGAGGAGGAUGGCGACGAUGAAAAUAAAAGGAGCAGUAAUUGUAAUCACAAUGAGAAUGCACGGCAGCGGCACAAAGAGCAACAGUUACGUGAGAAUCCACUCCCGCGGCACAUGCAUGACGGCCUUGAGGACUAUUUACGCACCAAAGCAACAUUUCCACUCUUCCAGCGGGUCUCACAGUUGGCACGCUGGAAGGCGCAGGGACAAGUGCAGGAGAAACUUGCAGAGAAGCGUAGAGAAAGUAUUGCAUAUUAUCGUGAUGUUCUCUCGGAACUUGCCACAAGCCGACGUGUAAAGGCUUUCUGUGACCCCGGGGAACCUGUUGGUCUUCUUGCGGCACAGGCCGCCGGAGAGCCGUCUACGCAAAUGACACUUAACACAUUCCACAGUGCCGGUUCCACGGUGACCCACGUGACGGAAGGUAUCCCACGUCUCCGUGAGCUGCUUAUUCACGCCUCUGUUCAGAAAGCUGCAGUUAUUGUGCCCGUGGAGAAGGCGACGCCGGUGGAUGAAUCAGCCAUUGCACGCAUACUACAUGCGGGUGUGGCGAUACGGCUGCGGGAUUGUCUUGCGCGGGGCGGGACAAGUGGAAAAGGAUAUCAUUACCACGUGGCACGACGUAAGGAUGCGU